CGCUGGGCGUGCGGUUCUGUCGAGACAUUUGAGAAGGGAAUCUUGGGACGCUUAUCUACGGCUGUCGUUGUGCUCGCAGCUCAUUUGAAUUCAAGCCAAGAAGAGCUAAUUUGCGGCAAUGAAGUGCUUGAUAAUAUUCGGACUGAUUGUGGCCGUGUUCGGAGCCUUUGUCGGCUAUGGCUAUUUGGUGUUCACGGAGCUGACGCGUCCGCUGCCGAAGCCAGAGAUCAGCGACAACACCUACUGGGGUCCCGGCGAUGGCAAGGACUAUGUGCCCGAUAAGCGCAUCAACGAGUUCCGACUGAGCGUGCCACAGGCCGAGAUUGAGGAUCUGCGUCAGCAGCUGAAUCGCACCCUGCGCCUCACCGAUCCACUCGAUGGCAUCUCCUUCGAGUAUGGCUUCAACUCGCAUGCACUGGAACAGUUUGUCGAUUACUGGCGGGAGAAGUAUCUGACCAAGUGGGAUGAGCGCCAGGAGUUCUUUAACAAAUUCAAGCAGUACACCACCGAGAUUCAGGGCCUGAACAUUCACUUUAUACGCGAGAAGGCGAGCGAGGAGGCAGCCGCCAAGAAGCAUGUCUAUCCGCUGCUGCUGCUCCACGGCUGGCCGGGAUCGGUGCGCGAGUUCUACGACAUAAUUCCCAUGCUGACCAACGAUCAGAAUGUGACGGAUUAUGCCUUCGAGGUGGUGGCUCCCUCCCUGGUGGGCUAUGGCUGGUCUGAUGCUGCCAGUCGUCCUGGCUUCAAUGCCGCCGAAAUGGCCACCGUCAUGAGGAACCUAAUGCUGCGUCUGGGCCACAAGAAGUUCUUCAUUCAGGGCGGCGAUUGGGGCAGCAUCAUUGGCAGCAAUCUGGCCACACUCUAUCCGGAGAAUGUCAUCGGCUAUCACUCCAACAUGUGUGUGCUCAACUCGCCCUUGGCCAUCCUCAAGGGCAUCUAUGGCACGUACUUCUCGGAGAAGAUUAUACCCUCGCGCUUCUUCUACGAUCACCACUUCCCCGUGUGGGACAAGUACGCGGAGCUGCUGCAGGAGAGCGGCUACUUCCACAUUCAGGCCACCAAGCCGGACACCAUUGGUGCGGCACUCACCACCAGUCCCGUGGGCCUGGCCGCCUACAUUCUCGAGAAGUUCCAGACCUGCACGAAUCCCGGCGUGAAGCAGGACUUUGGGGCCAUCGUCACGGUCUUUGGGCUCGAGCCGGUGCUGGACAACCUCAUGGUGUACUAUCUGACCAACUCGAUCACCACUGCGGUGCGUUUCUACGCGGAGAACGUGUCGAAGGCGUACACCAAUCUGCAGCUGGACCGAGUGCCCACGCCCGUGCCCAUGGGCUGUUCCCGUUUCCGCUACGACCUGCCCUCCGUCACGGACUGGCAGCUGCGCGACAAGUUCCCCAACCUGAAGCACUCCAUGUACUUCCAGCAGGGCAGCCACUUUGCCGCCUUGGAGAUGCCCGCCAUGCUCUACCAGGAUUUUACAGCCUUCGUGGGCAAGAUCGGUCUUCAUGGUGAGAAGCCAAAAUAAAGUAGAUUUUUGUACCUAUGAUUAGCAAAGAU